GUGCAACGGGUUGGUUUGCUUCCAGCGAUCAUCCACUCACAUUUUGGAUCAAAUUCGGAACUUUUUGACCUUGAGCAGAUCCCUGUUUCGCAAACAACAAAGGCUCACAAAAUCGAAGAUUGAAUCAUUCAAUCCACUACAAGCCUCCGCCUAUCAAGUUCAUCAUCAUCACCAUGAAGUUUUUUACUGGUUUUCUUUUCGGCUUUUCGUUGGUUUCGCCAUGCGCUGGUCAGAACAUCCGUGGGUCGUUCAUGGACCGAGUCCUCGGUAAUGAUGCCGGCACCUUGUGCGUGGAUAAUCCUGUCUGCGCUGCAGAGGGACGGGUCUCCGGUGCAUGUUGCCCCAAUGACAACUAUGAGUACCUUAGCUGUUGCAACAGGGAAUGCUCGGUUCAUUCAAACUGUUACAAAUCGUUUCAGCACUGCUGCCCUACUCCCGAUAACAUCGAACUUGAUUGUUGUGACCACCAGCCGGCAUUGGAUGCACUGCCCUCGUCACCACCAUCAGCAACUCCAAGCAUCGCCCCUAGUGCCAACCCUUCAGUCUCACCAUCGGUGGCGCCUUCAAGUGAUACUCCUGCGCCCACUGUUUCUCGGCCGCCUACGUGUCCCAUCACAGCUUCGGUGUACGCCUCUAGUGUGCAGUCCCUUCCUCAUUCUGGGUCCAUGGUUUUCAACAUGACCGGUUUGCUUCCUGCAUUUGGUGGUACUGUCUACAUCGAGGUGCACGCUCGAGGUGACUAUGGACAAACAACCGAGAUCCUGGAAGCAUACAGCGAAGAGAAUAACCUGAUUGGAACUCUAUAUCCAGAUGUAGAAUGCUCCAACACAUUCCAGUCCAGCACUUUCACUGUCAGUCAGGUUACUUUCAAUACAUGGUUGAGCGAUGGGGUCGUGACCUUUACCCUUGAUGCUAGCCAUGAAGUCGGUAUGUUUUGCCCACACAACGACGCCUACAUUGUCCUUUGCUACGAAACUAUCGAUGUACCAUCUUCAAGCCCAUCGUCCGCUCCCAGCGGAACGCCAUCGUCGGCUCCAUCCAGCACCCCAAGCCGCGGCCCCAGUGUUUCUCCCAGCACGGUGCCUUCGUCUUCGCCUUCUGACAAGCCAAGUGAUUCUCCUUCCGAAUCACCAGCUGAUGGUCCCAGCACCGUGCCAUCGUUGGCUCCGACGUCUUACGAUGAUCGCAAUGAUAAUGGAGGAGGCGGCCCGAUUAUCAUUGGAGGACCUUUCUGUACGGAUAAUCCCAAGUGUAACGAGUUGGGACUGGCUGGUGAAUGUUGUCCAACGAUUGAUGGUGUGAACCUUGCUUGUUGCUAUUCUCCUCCCACGGCAGCUUCCUGCUCCGCCAAUACUGUCUGUGACAGCAGUGGCUUGGAGGGAGAUUGUUGCCCCACGAUUGAUGGUGUAUUCCUGGACUGCUGUGGUUGGAGCGAACCGAGCAACUAGCUACCUAGUUGAGGUCGUUCUUCGAGGCAACAAUGAAGAAAGGUGGCAUACAUACAAGCACGAAACAAAGGAUGAUGGGAAGUGUAGCGGAAUUAAAGAGUAAUGGAAUACAUGUAUAC